CCCUUCAUUUCUAUAAACCCAUCAAAAAUUUGGCAUAUUUGGAACUUAUAUACAUACCUCAUUUUGGAAUUUGUCCUUUAAUUCUUAAUAUCCUUCUUCAUCCUUUCUCUCUUCCUCUAUUGGGGAAUGGUUGCCCGUUUCACCAUGGCUCUACUCCUCACAAUGUCACUCGUCUCGAUUUUCCUUUUCUUAUCCACCAUUAUCGAAGGCAGACUGCUUUUAACGGUUACACUUACACAUGAUGAUUCAAGCUCCGUUCUACCCCAAGUAAGAAUCACACGGAUAACGAAAGAAGAGAAUGAAAUGAAGCUACGAGGGCGUGAGAUAGGAUCAAGGCCACCAAAAUGUGAAGGAAGGUGCAAAUCUUGUGGUCAUUGUGAAGCAAUUCAAGUGCCUACAAUUCCUGUUACAGUCUCAAAAAUUGAGUAUAAGCCUAUCACUUGGAAAUGCAAAUGUGGCACCUCUCUCUUUAAUCCUUAAUUAACAACCUUAAUUUUAUAGUAAUUGAUUAGGUUUUUCUAUCUUUUUUUUUUGUUUUGAGAGAAUUAUGUUUUUCUGUCUUGUUCUCUCUUUGUUUUGGUGCAAAUGUGUGUUUGUAAUUAAUUAAGGGUAGCAUAUUAAUGAUGUAUUAAUGAUGUGUUUUUUUUUUUUGACAUCGGCCAUAUUAAUGAUGUCAUUAGUCAAUAAAUGCAAGAAUUUUAAAGA